GCUAGGGCCGGAUGAGAGCUGGGUGGCGGUGGUGGAGACCAGCAGGCUGCGGGUGCUGAGGCACUGGCUGAAGGGCCCGCAGGCGGGUACCACCGAUGUGCUGAUCGACCGGCUGCCGGGCUUCCCCGACGGCAUCUCGCGCGCCUCCGAUGGCAACUUGUGGGUGGCGCUGGUGGCGCCCGUCACUGCGCUGCCCAAGCUGCUCAAGUACAAGGCGCUAAGGGUGCUGCUGGCUUACCUACCCGCAUGGGCCCGGCCGCCGAUUAAGAGCUGGGGUGCCGUACUGAAGGUCAGUCCCACGGGUCAGCCGUUGCAACUGCUGAUGGACCCGGACGGCAGUACGGUUGCACACGUGUCGUCGGUUAACGAACAUAACGGUCGACUGUACUUCGGAAACGUUAAAGACAACUAUGUGUCGUACAUGGACCUUAAGGACGUGCCACCGCUUGAUAAGCAGUGAGCAAUAACAAUGAGGAAUGCUGACAGAUAGGCUGGUAUCGUGUCUUUGGAGGCAUUGGAAGCGUUGCGGGGCGUUGAACUAGAGGAACGUGGGGCAUGGGGUGAUGAGGCAUGAUGAGGCGGAUUGCUGCAUGCUGACUUGCAUUAACGUUGGGACAAGGAGGGUGGUGGGUUGGUGACAUUGCCAGGAGUUGAGUUGGCCAAAGGCUUGAUAAUUGACUUUCCAGGAGAAGGGGCGACUGACACUCAGAGAAUUGACUGCAUUCAGAGAGAAUGUGAGCUGAUGCAUUUGGAGCCAUGCGACACUGCCUGUUGAACAGCUCAUAAUCUGGCAGGUUGCAAAGAGAUGGUUAUGGUGAGUUGCUCAUAUGCUGCAAUUAUAGAUUUAUAGUGUGUCUGUUUAUGGCCGUGCCGCAAAAGGCGCUGUGUUGUUUUUGCGCGGCACGUGCCCAAUGCGUGGCCAAAGGGUUGUCCUACUCCAGCUGGGGCGGUGCAUCCUGUCCCUUACAGUGAUGCCUCCUGGUGGCUUAAAC